CUCCUCUCUUCUCGCGUGGACAUAUCACCCUGUCAAUUCCAGAGUUUUUGCUCUCAAACAGCUCUCUAACUUUAGGAUUCAAUUCAAUCAAAUCACUUCGUUCGGGAAAUCGCAGAAAAAAACACAAAAACAUGGUAUAAAGAUGAAGCAAUCAAAUUGCCAUCGAAUUUCAGGAAUGGGUUUGAAGUCAUCGGAACGGGAAAUGCAUCUGUACGACACCGUUUGCCGGUUCAGAUUUGGAACGGCAUUCGAUUCUUAUUACGUGGCUUGUGAGGCUUUCUCUGAACAACAGCGUCUCCGCCUUUCGGCUUCGAUUCCAAUCGGAGUCAAAAUUAAAAACCUCUUAUAGUUUGUUUUCUUUUUUUUUUUUUUCGCUUUUGAUUUUCGUUUUGUGUGGAUUUCUGUGUUUGUGUGUGUGAGUUUUUUUUUUUUUUGGAAAAUGAAUUUCGAUUCGGGUCGGGGGAAAUCGGUGACGGAAGAUGGUGAAUUCACGGAGAAGGAUCCAUCAGGUCGAUACGGUCGGUACGAUGAAAUCCUGGGGACAGGAGCAUUCAAGACUGUAUACAAGGCAUUUGAUGAGGUUGAUGGAAUAGAAGUUGCUUGGAAUCAAGUGAAUAUUGAAGAUGUAUUGCAAUCACCUGAUAAGCUUGAAAGAUUAUAUUCAGAGGUUCAUCUUCUCAAGUCUUUGAAGCAUGAAAAUAUCAUUAAGUUCUAUAACUCUUGGGUGGAUGAUAAGAACAGCACUAUUAACAUGAUAACGGAGUUAUUCACUUCUGGGAGUUUAAGACAAUAUCGUAAGAAGCAUAAGAAUGUUGACAUGAAAGCCAUCAAAAGCUGGGCUAGGCAGAUUCUUCGAGGUUUACACUAUUUGCAUAGUCAUAAUCCUCGCAUCAUUCAUCGAGAUUUGAAAUGUGACAAUAUUUUUGUCAAUGGAAAUAAUGGAGAAGUGAAAAUUGGAGAUCUUGGGUUGGCAAUUGUCAUGCAGCAGCCCACAGCUCGAAGUGUUAUUGGUACUCCAGAAUUCAUGGCACCAGAGCUGUAUGAAGAAGAAUACAAUGAACUUGUUGACAUAUACUCUUUUGGCAUGUGCAUGUUGGAGAUGGUUACUUGUGAAUACCCAUAUAGUGAGUGCAAAAAUCCUGCACAAAUAUAUAAGAAGGUUACCUCUGGUAUAAAGCCUGUGUCUCUUGGUAAAGUGAAUAACCCCCAGGUUAGGCAAUUCAUAGAAAAGUGUCUUGUUCCCUCAUCCUUGCGACUGCCUGCUGAGGAACUCUUGAAGGAUCCCUUCCUCGCAAGUGAAAAUCCAAAGGAGCAUGUUUGUAAUCCUCUGCAGCUACCAACUAUUGUUCCCAAGGAAAUCAACUUGCCCCAAUCGGAACUUCAUCCUAUGGACAUAGACCUAAACCAUCAGAAGCUUUCAGACAGCUCUUGCGCAAAAAGCAAUGAUGAAAAUCUGUUUUUAACUCUAGAACUUCAGCAGCUCACUGAGAACAGUGAAUUCAGAUUGAGAGGAGAGAAAAAUGAUGAUAAUACAAUCUCGUUGACCCUGCAAAUUGUUGAUAGAAGUGGUCACUUGAGUAAUAUCCAUUUUAAUUUCUACCUUGAUUCUGAUACUGCAAUUUCGAUCGCUGAGGAGAUGGUUGAACAAUUAGAUUUGUCACAUGAAGAUGUGGUUUCUAUAGCUGAGUUGAUUGAUAACUUGAUAGUCAAGCUCGUGCCUAGUUGGAAUCUUUCAUCUUGUUGUACUUCCAGUUUGCAGAACAGUUCAUGCAAUGGUUCUACUGUUGUGCAAAACAAUUUAAUGUCUUUGAAAUGCUUAAGGGAUUCAGAAGAGUCAAAUAAGGCUUUUGCAGAGGCAGUCAACGAGCAAGGUGUCCACUCAAAGUUGGAUAUUAUGAAAUAUCAAGACACACAAGAAUCUUUCACUUCAGGUGUUUCUACUGAAUUUGAUGUUACGAUCAACUUGGCAGCCUAUGGUAAAACUGACGGUAUAAAUGUUGGGGAAUCUAUUUUGAUGAAUCGAUCCAUGCUGAACUCUGAUACCUCCUUCAUUGAUUCAUGCUCUGAUAUAUCAAAAGUCUUGAGCUUGUCAAGCAUCUCUUCUCUAUCGCUCUCAGAGAAAGAUCAUCUGUGUUCUGAGCUAAAGAUGGAGCUUGAUGCCAUUGCUGCUCAGUAUGACCAGUCUUUCCAGGAACUGCAGAGGUUGAGGGAUGAAGCAAUUGAAGAUGCCAGAAAGAGGUGGAAAUCGAGGAAUAUAUCUGUUAUUUGAUGUACUAAAAUUUCACUUGAUGCGAUUUUUCUUUUUAAUAUUCUCUUUCAGUCGUUGCUGCUAUUUCCCUGUGAGUUGUGACUGUUGAAUUGGAAACAAGGCCAUUCUUCAACAAAUAUUUUUCAUUUUUAAUGAUUUUAUUUUAUUAACCUUUA